GUCAAUUGCUACGAUGUGUUUGAUGCGGGUGCCCCAUUUGGUGGUUUCAAGAUGUCUGGUAUUGGACGAGAAUUAGGCGAAUAUGGUCUGCAGAUUUACACCGAAGUGAAGACAGACUUCAAGGUGGUCCGGUGGACACAAAAGUGCUACUUUGAGCUAAACGCCACCAAGUAUCGCGUUUUAAAUACUGUAGGGCUUCCGGUCUGCGUGGCUACGACCACUGAACCGACGGUCUUCGCUCGCGUAGACCAAAUGCUGAAGCUGGGAAAUUUGGUCCGCGAAGACUUUAAAACCAGUGAUCAANUGGCUGCCGCACAAAAAGUGAGGAGGCAAUUCUUCCAGCUUAAGGCGACAUUGUCGUCAAGCUGGGUUAUACCCCAGACUGCUGCAUAUCGCCUCUUUGUUCCAGAUUCGUUUGAUUUGAGCCUCACGAAGGCUUGGGCUCCUCACUCGCACGGCUGUUUCCACCGUUUUGACUACACGCGUCCGCGUUCUGGACCAGGCUGA